CAACCUGAUCCCUCCCAUUCCGAGCACACGAGUCUUCCUGCGCUUGCUCCUUCUUGCCCCAUGGCGCUGCUCGCCAUCCAGGGCAUGGCUAUGUCCACCGCCGCCGCGGCCCUCCCAUCCCACAACCACGGCGCCGUAUCCUCCUGUGUAUCCACGUCCUCCUACGCGCUCACAGCCUCUGCCGCCUUCCCCCGGGUCCGAGCUGCGUUCGCCGUCGGCGCAGUCACGUCGGCCGCCGUCACUCCAGUUCUUGACGUCUACUGUGGGAGAGGGGACAAGAAGACGAAAAGGGGCAAAAGGUUCAACCAUUCAUAUGGCAAUGCGAGGCCGCGCAACAAGAAGAAGGGAACUGGGCCUCCGCGGCUCUUUGCUCCUCCAGCUCCUCCAAGGAAGGACCAGUUCGAUGAUGGGGAGAUCAUUUCAAUCGAGAUUGAUGAGGACAUCCUGGAAUAGGUUGUCCUGAGUUUUGCUUUGCUUUAUAUUUGCCCUGAGCUUAACUGGCCUAGCUUGUACCAAAUCGAAUACUACAUAUUUCAAAGUAAUUAUUAUUUCCUCGCCUAUAAAUGUCAAUGUGCAGGAUAUCACACUUUCCUUUGGCUAGUAUUAGUAAUGUUCUUUA